GAGACAUUUGACAUUGUUGACGUAUGUUGUUUCUACUAAACAAAAUGGCCUUUUCCGGUUCACGCUGAAUUCAGGCAGUUGUGAUCAACUUACUUAUUUUAGGAAAUAAGAUAUAAUUCACCAUGGAUGAAGAUUGGGCUCUAGAUGGUCAAGUAGGGGGAGUUGCAGCCCCCAAAAUGGCCGAACUCCCUGAAAUUAAAUUAUUUGGAAGGUGGAACUGUGAUGAUGUCCAAGUAUCAGAUAUGUCCCUUCAGGAUUAUAUUGCUGUUAAAGAAAAAAAUGCCAAAUAUUUACCUCACUCUGCUGGUAGGUACGCAGCAAAGAGGUUCAGAAAAGCUCAGUGCCCCAUUGUUGAAAGGUUAACAAACUCCCUUAUGAUGCAUGGUCGCAACAAUGGUAAAAAAUUGAUGGCUGUUAGGAUAGUAAAACAUGCUUUUGAAAUCAUUCACUUGCUUACUGGAGAAAAUCCAUUACAAAUUCUUGUAUCUGCCAUCAUCAAUUCUGGACCUCGUGAAGACUCCACCCGUAUUGGUAGAGCCGGUACAGUUAGGAGACAAGCUGUUGAUGUCUCACCACUUCGUAGAGUAAACCAAGCCAUUUGGUUGCUAUGCACAGGAGCCAGAGAGGCUGCAUUCCGUAACAUUAAGACCAUCGCUGAAUGUUUAGCUGAUGAACUCAUCAAUGCAGCAAAGGGAUCAUCAAAUUCAUAUGCUAUUAAGAAGAAGGACGAACUUGAACGUGUCGCCAAGUCCAACCGUUAAAGUGAUUACUAUUGUUCUGUAUUUUAUUUUACAGAGUUAAUAAAAACUUUUUAUAAAUUAUAUUCCACAUUUUGUUGAUAGAUAAAUAUGAC